CCCCCUCCCGAGGCAGAGUAGGCGGGUCUGAGCUGCGCUCGGAGUCAGCCGUCCAGGGCCGGGCUGGGACGGGCCGGGCAUGGAGAGGAACAAGGUGUUCGUGGUGCUCGACGUGGUGUGCCUUGUGGUCGCUGCUCUGCCCUUUAUCAUCCUGACACUGGUGAACUCUCCGUACAAGAGGGGUUUCUAUUGCAGUGAUGAUACCAUCCGAUACCCCUACCGCCCUGACACCAUCACCCAUGGCCUCCUGGCUGGUGUUACCAUCACUGUCAGCGUCAUCAUUGUCUCAUCUGGGGAGGCCUACCUAGUCUACACAGAGCGUCUCUACUCUCAUUCAGACUUCAACAACUAUGUGGCUGCCCUCUACAAGGUCCUGGGCACCUACCUCUUUGGGGCAAGUGUGAGCCAGUCCUUGACUGAUCUAGCCAAGUACAUGAUUGGCCGUCUUCGCCCCAACUUCCUAGCAGUCUGUGACCCCGACUGGUCUCGGGUCAACUGUUCUGGCUAUGUCCAGCCUGAGGCUGUGUGCCGGGGAAGCCCUGCCAAUGUCACUGAGUCCAGGUUGUCCUUCUACUCAGGCCACUCCUCCUUCAGCAUGUACUGCAUGGUCUUCCUUGCGCUGUAUGUGCAAGCCCGUCUCUGCUGGCGAUGGGCACGGCUCCUAAGACCUACAGUCCAGUUCUUCUUGGUGGCCUUUGCCCUCUACGUGGGAUAUACUCGAGUGGCUGACUACAAGCACCACUGGAGUGAUGUGCUGACUGGUCUCCUGCAGGGGGCGCUUGUCGCAGGGCUCACGGUACGCUAUGUCUCGGACUUCUUCAAGGUUCGCUCCCCUCAGCCCAGACCAAAUGAGGAAUUGGAGCGGAAGCCCAGCCUGGCAGUGGCUGUGACCCUCACUGAGAGUGACCAAAAUCAUUUCAGCUAUGUGGGAGCCUCCUGAGCUGCCUCCCACCCUUCCCUGUCCUUCUGAAUGGACAUCCCUUGACCCUGGCCCUGCUCCAGUACUCCUCUGCCUGGGCCAGACUGGUCCUCUUUGCUCCAUGUCCCUGGGCUUGGUCCUACUAGUUAGGGAGAAGCUGCUUUAAGGAACUGUGGUUAGGGGGGUCUUGUCCCCCACUUCCCAUUUGGGACUGUAGGAGCUAAAGCAAGAGCCUGGAAUGGAGGCAGGAAGCCAGGCUAGCGUAUGCUAUCUCUGGAAAUGCCAGCAUCCUCCACUUUGCUGGGGUGGGGUUGGGGGUGCAGCCUAUCUCUUUGCUGUUUUUGUAAUGUAACUUACAUUGGAGUUUUUAUUGAAUUACAACAACUCUGGGGGGAAUGGGGGACAGGUUCCCCCUUCCUCAGUCCUGGGCUAGCCUCUGAAAAUUGAGGAAGGAGGAAGGAAAGGCUCCUAUGUUCUCAUUCCAGUCCUUUUCCAUUUGCCUCUCCCUUAUUCUGAAGACUUUGGAUUCAGUAGCUUCCCAGAAACUGAAAGAUUCCAUUGCUGCCUUCUCAAAGCCCAGGGAGGGCAACCCUAGAGAGAAAGAAAGCCAUGGAGUCCUCUCUCUCCACUUCUAGCCUGCCCUUCUGUGAUUCAGCCCAAGAGGACCCCCCAGAAGGAGUAGCUGCUACCCCUAAUUCCUAGCUCAGCCUCCUGGGCCGCCCUAAAAUUCUUAUCCAAUUUGGAAGGACAGAGAGAAUGUCUGAGCUGGAAGAGAACUCAAGAAAGUCGAACCCCUUUGUUUUAUAGAUGGGGAACUGAGUCAGGGACCUUUGGGAGGUCACCAAAUGAGUCACUGUGUUGGAUACAGAACAGGAAUUCCUCAUCUCCCCAAAUCCUAGCCCAGGGCAUCCAUCCUCUUCAACCUGCUCAGCUGAAGAGCACCCCUCCUCCCCGCUGCCUUCUCUCACAGACUAUUUCAGGAUUCUUUCUGCUUGGAAAGAUAGGCUUCCUUGACCCUGAGCCCCAGGCCUGGAGCUGGAGGAACCAGUCUGGGCACUUCAAAGGGAUGGAGGAGGGAACGAUGUGAGCUUCUCUGCCCCAACCUUGGGCCUCUUGGGGCUAGGAAUUAAGGCCUGAAUGAGCUUUUAUAGGGGUGGGCACUCAUGCACUGGCAGUUCCUCCCUUUCCAACCCAGGUCCACCUGCCUCUGGAUGGGCGUAGGUAUGUGGGGCUGUGGAAAAAUCCUGUGCUGGGAUCCUGGAGAUUCCAUACUUGGGCCACUAACUUGGAGAAUUUCCUUACCCGUUCUUCAGCUCACUUCCCCAUCUAACAACUCAGGUCCAGAAGAGAUGGUCUACAAGGCCCCUGGAUUUGGGGGAGCUAGAUUCCAGCUCUGCUGGGUGACCUUAGGCAAGUAACUGUUUCCAGCAGGAUUCUGUGAUUACACUUCAACAAAGGAGCUGUGUCUUACAAGGGUAUAUCAAGCAUGUCUGCCAUGCUCCCCAGAUGACUUUUCUCUCCUUGAAGUCAGUAGCCAGAGAGGAAGGGGAGGGGAGACGGGGACAGCAGGAAGAAAAGAAGCCAGUUAAACCUGGAGUUCAGGAGACUUGAGUUUAAAUCUGGCCUCAGAUGCUUGCCAGCUUGAUGUCCCUUGGUCUGCCUCAGUUUCCUCAUCUGU